UUGUUUCUUUAUAUUUAUAUGUCGUUUUCUUCUUAUUAGUCAUAAUAUGAUAUGACGUUACCUUAAGAUGAUAAUAAAUGAUAAAUGACAUUUUGUAAUUUACAUAAGUGAUAUAAAAAUAAUAUAUAAUCGAGGUAUCAAAAUGCUUAAUAGUUAAUAGAACAAUGAGCUGUCAAAUUGCGGAAAUUUUCUUAAAUAUUUGCACGAUUCAUGAAAUACUUAAAAGUAAUGAAUAAUUAUCUAAUAAUAUGUACCUGUGUCAAUCAACCAUUUCUGAAGCUAUAAUUUUGAUGCGACAAAACUAUGCUUAAGUUACCAUUUUUUUUUAAAUAUUUUAUUAAAUAUCACGCGAACAACGUAUGCAUUUUUUUAAAUAAAUUCAUCAUUUAUCCAACGAUCUAUUUUAUAGUAAGUUUAUCUACUAAGCUGUAUACAUCUCUAUAUAAUCCUAAUAUAUUUUUUUAUUUUAUAAUAAAUCUUAUUUAAUCAAAACUAUCAUGAAAGUUCCAAUUUGGUUUACCAAAGAUCUAUUUCAAAAUGCUUUAAAAACUUUUUAUAAAAACCCUGAUAUAGAGGUAUCGUCAUUGAACACCCAAGAUGCAAUUCCAGCUGGUGAGAAUUACACAAGUGAUCUAUUUCGUACAACAAUUUAUUUCAGAAAAAAAUUUUAUUUUUUCUUUAGUGGUAGAACAGAAUCAAUUUCAGUCAUAGUAAAAUGUGGAAAUGAAGAAGGUGGUGUAAAAGAAGAUCUUGCCAAAAAACUAAACUUAUUUGAAAAAGAAUCUGAAAUGUUUGGAAAAACCUUUCCAGCAAUAUACGAAAUCCUUGGUGAACACUAUACGCUUUCGUCAAAGUGCCUCUACACAUCUCUAAAUCCCCAUUCCAUUAUAAUUCUGGAAGAUCUGACAACGCUAGGAUUUAAUGUACUUCCCCGACAUAUAGGGUUUGAUUUGGAGCAUUGUUUCUUGGUCGUCGAAAAGAUGGCCCUAAUGCAUGCCGCUUCCGUCAUCAUGUACGAAAAGGAUCCGUCUUUACUUAAAAUGUAUUCUGAAGGCUUGUAUGGAAAUAAUGAUUUGACUAGGCAAUGGGUUGCGGCUGGGUACAAAGGUUUAAUAGAUGCUUGUUCUAGAUGGCCUGGUUUUGAAAAAUAUGGCUACAAGCUGCAAGCCUUGGGAGAACAGGCUUUGGAAAGAGGUUUCAACGCACAAAAACGAAAACUUGGAGGUUUUAAUGUCUUGAACCAUGGAGAUUUAUGGGUGAACAAUAUGAUGUUCUCUUAUUUCCCUGAUGGCAAACUAAAAGACAUGAGAUUUAUUGAUUUUCAAAUGAAUAUUUACACAAGUCCAGCUAUAGACUUGCAUUACUUCAUAGCAACCAGUACAAAGAUUCAAGUGAAAUUAGACCACAUAGAGAUCAUACUAGAUCAUUACUAUGCUCAGCUUAUAGCUAACUUAGCUAAAAUGCAGUAUUCUCUUGAAAGGGUGCCUACCAGAGAACAGUUCAAGACAGACUACAAUUACAGAGCUUUUUAUGGUUUGAUGGGCGCCGCUACUGUGCUAGCCUUCGUCAAGGCUGCUGAGGGUCGAACAGACGCAUCUUUUGAGAACAUCAUCAAAGAUGAAAGUAAGGAAGGCUUCAGAUAUCACGCAUACAAUAAUGAAAGAUACAGAAAACAUAUGGAACACUUACUUCCAUAUUAUGAUAGUUUUGGUAUAUUGGAUUGAAAUAUUUUUUUUAAUAUUUGAUUUAGAUAAUAUAGAUAAUUACUAAAAAAUAUAUAUUUUAGUAUACUAUGCUGUUUUACUGAAAUGAAAAUCAUGAAUUACUAUUUUUAAGAAAAUUUGUAAAUACUAUAAAUAAAUCAAUAACAAUAGAGGGGUCAAA